AACACAAAUGGGCUGAGGGUUUCCCUAACCAGGACCUUGCAUCACUUUGUCUCCUCUUCAGCAGGGCAUAUGUCUUUACAAGCUAAACUGCACGGCCGUGUCACCUUCUCCUACCAGCUACAUGUAACGGCAUCCUCCCCACAUUCUCUCUGGGCUCCCAGCACCACCUCAUGCCUGAAGCAUUCCUCUCUUGGAGGCAAGCCAGAGAAGCUUGAAAAACUGAGCCUUGCCUGCUUCUAGUGGUUUGGGCUGAGGCCGGUACCCACCACUGAAGAGCUCUUGUGGGCAAGCUGCCACAUUCGUGGCUUUUUGCAAGACCCUCCUGCCUGGUAUAUUAUUCCUGUGGUGCGGUUGUGGAAUCGAUGGAAAGAGGCCUGAUUUUAUCACCAGGUUUUCCAAACAACUACUACCCAGGGACGCACUGCGUUUGGCAAUUUUUCAUUCCCAUGAGAACCCAUCUCAUUUUGGAAAUUUUUGACUUUGACAUUUUUGAAAGCUCUAGCGAAACUCCACCCUCCUGGGAUGGCUUUUCAGCCCCUGCUGUAACGGAAAGUAAGGACAUGCCCCCUCCUGAGGAAAACCUGGACUUCGCUCUCCAUACCACAGAAUCCUCUCUCCAGACCUGGAUGUCGAAGGUGGCUCAGAAUCUGAGCAGCACAGGAGAUCAGUUAAAAGAGCUUUCUGGUCACCUGGAACAAUUUCCAGGAGCUGCCUCAAAGAAAGAUGAAGCCAAACAAGCAUCUGAAGAAAACCAGUCUAAACAGAUGAAGGAACCCAAAGCGAUCACCAAGACCCAAACAGAAGAACUGCCAUUCUCUGUGGUGAGUGGUGCCACGAUGCAGAGACAAAAUAUCAGUGACCAAGAAACAGAGGAAGAUUUGAAAGGCAAAAUUUUGCUUGCCCGCCUAGCUGCUAGUGAGAGAGAUGAAGUUUUGGGAGAGAGCUGGACUCUCCCCACAACAGUACUGCCAGUGGAAAUCUCCUCCAGCCCACAGUCAGCAGUGGAUGUCUGUCCCCAUGAUGUAUUGUAUGUUUCUGAUCUCAUCACAUUUUCCUCUCGCUUCUGUGGACCAAAUUCACCUUUAAACAAGACCAUGGUCUUUGGUUCAUCUCUGGAAAUGGUUGAGGUUAUCAUGGAGCUAAUUACCACCACUGACCGGGGACGAGGUUUUGCAAUGCUCUUUGAAUACAAGAACAUCACUGAACCCAACACUGUAGAUGCUGUGAGGCAGGAAAGAAAGGAAAACAUGAUGAUGCUGGCAAUUUUAACAGGGAUCGUCUUCUUUGCACUGGCUUUGUUCUCUGCCCUCUGCAUAGCUUGCAGGCAGAGAACGUGCCGCAAAAGGAGCUCAUCCAACGCAUGCAGUGACCAGGAGAACGGGAUCCAGAACUCCGCUGUUGAUAUCAAUGAGCUCCAGCUCGUGGUGCCAAGUCGGGAGAAUGAAAACAACAACCACUCUGUCAGCCGGGAGCAGGCGGUCACUUCCUGCGGAGGCAGCAUAGAACGGUCUCCUCAGGAUACUGACCCAGAUGUGCCCUCUUCCACCUCCGCAGUGACCACUGAGACAGGGAGCGAUGAAGUGUUUAUUAUUUCUGCUGGACCUGGAGCCAGUGGGCUGAGCUUUACCACCUACAGAAUACAGGACAAAAACCUAAAAAGAAGUGUCACAAGCCCAGCCUCUGUUUCUGACUGGCUGAAUUCUAAUCCAACGGCUGUAGGAGCAGACACAGUUGAGAAGGGGAAUAUUCAGAUGGAAAAUCAUUAUCCCAGACAACGCACGUGGAGUGCCCGCACUUUCCAUGACUUCCUGGCUCCAUUACCACAGUUACAGAAAAAAUGGUGUAGCUGGACUACCAACAGUCCCUUCACAAAGCUGGUUGACAACAGUGCUUUUCCUACAGCUGCAAGAACCCAAGGUGUUCCAACCAGAAAGGUGAUUUCUGCCACUGAGAUAGAAGGAGCUUCAGAGACUGUUUACUCUGAUUCAUCUGCCAGCAAUGCCUCAUACCCCCUCACUCUGUCUGCACAAAGGCAGCGGAAGCUAAGCUCCUGCAACUUGAAGAAAUCCAGGUUUGGGAACCCUUACUUUGGAUUUUUAGCUGGUUCCCCUGACAGCAAACGUGUGAGGUCCUUGGAUCCCUCAAGACAUCUAGGGGUAGUAUCGCCAGGUAACAGCCAAAGCCCCACAAAUACUCUAGAGAGCUCCAACACCCUGAAAAUCAACUUGGUCAACGGUUCAAAAACAAAAGAGCUUGUGGUAGAAACAGAUAAAAACAAACCAGUUUUUGUUAUUUCUGAAGAAGGAGAUGAUCAGCAGCCUCUGGUCUUAGCAGAACAUCUUAACCAAUGUGGAGAUCACCUCUCUGAGCAAAAUGCUGUGUAUGCACCAGCCGUGCCAGACAAACAGCCCGUGGUUCUGACUGCUGAGGGCAACAGUUCUGCCACGUUCAUGUCAAAUCUUCCAUUUUGGGCAAAGUCUCCCAGUUUAUACAAAGGUCAGGUGAAGGCCCCUAACUCUUCCAGGGACCAGCAGAGCUUGUCGGCAGUAGAUGCUAAUACUAGUGAGACCUCACAGAACUUUGAUACCUUAGCUGCUCCUACAAUAUGUGAAGCCUCAGUCCAAUGAUGCUCUCAGAAAGACUGAACCAUCAGUUCACAAAAACAGAGGCAGCAGGCACAUGAUCUGAAUGGAAGUGGUGCCAAGCAUGGUAGCCAUACGUGGACACAACUUUGUUAAGAGUGAUCUUUGCUUCCCACCCGUCAGCACUGGGAUUAUAGCUAUAUGUACCACAGCACAAAUGCCAUCUUCCCUUUUGCUCAUUAACAAACCUAUUCUUCUGCAUGGAAGUUUGAUGUGUUUUAUUCAAGGAAGCAUCCUCUGAAAAGGUAUUUCAUACUGCAGAAAAUCUUUUCUGGAAUGAGACGUGGAUGUCAUCUGAGACGGUUACAUCAUGGUUUAUAUCUGAAAUGUAAAUCAGUCCUCUGUCACUGUGGUGCCACUUGAGUCUUUCUGUUAGAAGCUAUGAGUUAAAUUCUGCUCGUAGGUAUGCCUGUACAAUUCAAGCCUUGCCAAGCCAAGGGUAAGAAUUCAAUCAUGCAUGUCUGCAUACUGUUUUGUAAACAAUUUUAAACAUUUCAUAACUUCUGUACUCUAGCUCAAAGUUUACCAAGCAUUAGCAUCUCUAAUAUUAAAGACCGUGAGUAUCUCAUAUCCUAACUCUUUGGAGUGCAGACGAGCUAAGAAAGUCUGACUAGCUUUAUUUUUAAUAGAUCUAAAUAGGCUUAAACACUUCCGUCCAGUAUGUUUUAAGGUGACUCCUCAUGGCAACAGGAGCAUGUGUACAAAAACACUGAAAUACUUGGAAUAGUCUUCAGUAUCCAACACUUGGAUAUUUGCAGCUGCUCUGAUCCUAUAUCCACCAGCUAUUUAUUACUGGUAACGCACAUUAACUAGAGAAACUAUUUCCCUUCCUUUAGCAGGCAAGACUUAAAAGACAAAAUUAAGCGUGGCAAACUUUGAGUGCUCAUUCUCUUUAAAAAUGAACUACUAAGUAGCUGUGCCCCCGAUCACAAAUCCAGCACAUUCAAUAGAGCACUGAACCAAAGGGAAGCCUGCUUGUCCUAUUGCCUUUAAUAACCCAAUCAUUAUUUUAAUGCCUCCUGGUGAUAUCUCCCUGCCUUUUCAAGAGAAUCCUGAAUAUUCAACCCACAACUUAGAAUUAUUGUGCUUUCUUAAAUGAAAGAAACUCCCAAUGAAGCUGUAUUUUGCAACUUGAAUUGUUUUGUUUUCUUAAAAAAAAAAUCCCUAUAAAGUUGUAUUUUGCAGCUGAUGCAGGACACUGUUUUAAGGCAACAGUAUGUCAUAAAACAGGUGCCAGAAAGAAAUCUCCCAUACAAGUCUUCUCCUAUACUAGCUACACUGUGCAUUGAGUUAUCUUAAUCCUUCUAUGUGAAGGCAUUUAAGUUGGAUUCCUGGAAUAUUUAACUGAAUUAUUUAUGAUUCCACCUGCUAUUACAGCUUCCAUCUGCCACUUAUUAAUGUCUGAGAUACGCAACACAAGAUUGUAGGUUUUGCCUAAUACUUUGUGUACGUGUUUACGUAGACAUAUAAGGCUUGCAUCUAGUAGCAGUGGAAGUAAAAACUUAUAUGCCCUUUAGCAGUUGACUCAAAAAUGAACAGCAGACAAAUGUCAGCAUUUAUUAUUACCAGACUGCGUUGAGUAGUUUUGAAGCACGAGAGUCUGGCUCCAAGUUUUUUGUUUGUUUUGUUUUUUUAAAUUAAUGUUACAUGAAUCAAAGGGAAGAGUUAAUAUAUUUAUGACAAGAAAAUAUUUAAACAUCUACAGUACUCUAAUAACUUCCACCAUGUUAAAUUCAUACACAUUGUAAAUCAGAGCCAAUGCUAUGUUACUUAUUACAUUUCUGGAGACUGAAUUACUAAAAUCUACUUUGGAAGAGUAUUUGUGUUCAGUUACUGACAAUGCCUACAUGUGAAGGGCUGGGAAAAGUGACUUUUUCAAUAAAAGAGUGUUUAACUAUUCAUUUCUGCAAUGAAAUGACACAGUUUAUUUUGCUGCAAUACUAAGUUGUAUAUGCCUUGCCCCAGAGUACCAGGCCAUCUCGUGAUGUACACCAGUACAGCAGCCCUACUGCUGCAGUUGCUGCAAUGAAACGAGCACAAAAACUGCUGCAUGGCUCAGUCAAAUACUCAAGGUUUUGAUCCUGGUUUGUCCUCAGUAACCCGGCUAGGUAACAAGGGGGUUGUUUACAUGGACUUUCUUUACUACCUACCUUUGUAACCAAAGAGCAGACUUCUAAAUCUGCAAAGACUGCUGCCAGAGGAUGGUUUCUGUGGGAGUUUGGGUUUCCUUUCACACACUGCUCAUUUUAUCACUGAGUAGCACUUCUGUCAUUGCCUGCUGCAGCAAUACAUAGCCAGUUAUACCUGAGACACUAAAUUGGACACCGCAUGAUCAGCAAGGACUAUGUGUGCAUGAUGAGAGGCUCUCCUGAACUUGAACAGUAUGCAGUAUUGAACAAUGCUGCUUGUUCUCAGAGCAGGGGUGGCAGACAUCCUACACCAUACAAAGAUGAAAUCUUACACCCCUGAAAGAUAGCAAAGCCUAAUGCCAAACCAGCACCCACUGCAGAUGCACAGAAGACCACCCCCUCCCUCCCGGUCAACCCUUAUCAGCCAGGAGCACAACAUAUGGGAGACUUAAGCUUAAAUUCCUGACCUGCCUUUUGAAGUUCUUAUUAUUUUUAGGCAGAUCACCGAAAUGCACUGCUAAAGAGGUAUUUGCAUUUUGUACCUUCAAAGAACAGGAAAGAGAUUUUCCUCCUCUUACAGCAAAGAGGAACCAUUUUGAAAUUCUCCCCACCACACCUCCUCCCGCCCAGCUCUGGGUGGAAUAAAGUGCUUUAAUGCUUCCAGCUGUAAAUAUUGACUAGGAUUAGUUCUUAAACAGAAAUGUUACUGUGCCACUUAAUUUCCUCCUAACAGCUACAUUACUUUUGAGAGAGACGCUGCAACUUUUUAAUGAGAAAAAAACUCACAGCUCGUGGACUUGAGAUGCAGUUUUACCUUUGUGGUAAUGCAGUCACUUCACUGUGCUAUUUUGCAUACUGUAACUAAGCAGCAAAUGGGAUAAGCAUGCUAAACACUUGCUGAAGAGGAAGAAAAAUUUUCCUAUUCAAUUGUGAAUGAAAUUAUGUCUUAAAAUCUUAUAGAUCUAACAAAAAGUUUUUUUUCCCCACUAAAAUUGGAAUUGAAUAAUGUACACUAAAAAAAAUAAUAUUCUGUAACAUGCUGGGCACUCCCUCCAGCCAGUGUGUUAUGUAGAUUGAAUAGGACAUAAAAACAAGCAAGCAACAAAAACAAAACAAAAACAAACCACACAGAACCAGAACUGUGGGCAUUCCUUUUUUUUUUUUUUUUCAUUGUUGGAAAUAAGAGAUUCAAAAUAAAAGCUUGAAGUUAUACAAGCUGACAAGAAUCCUGUGUGCCAGGUUGUUUGUUUUUUUUUUGCUGUCAGGCAGCUAAAAUGGUUGAGAAUGGAGGCUCAAUGGGAAGAAAUGAAAGACUAACCAUGCAGCUCAUGCAUCCUAAUCUCGAGGAUACGGACUAAAAUUCAGCAUGACUUUGGUUAAAGCAGAGCAUUGUGGUUGCUUUAGGUAGUACCUAAACUACUGUCACUAUGUAGAUGGGGGGGUGGUGGCAGUGGAAAUAAAAACAAAAAUUCAUUUAUAACUUGCUAGCAGAAAUAUGAGCUGAAGUUUCCUUUCAGAAACCUACCUUUUCUUUAAGAGCAGUUGGUUAUAAAACAUCCUGCUCUUAACUGUGGGUUGUUUUUUUCCCCUCCACGAGAAGGGCACAUGAGUCAUAACUAAACAUGUUGGGUUCAACUAUUCCAAGCAGUCAGCUACUAGAUCUUAUUCUACCCAUCUGAAGAUUAGUUUGGAUUGCAAGGAAAAAGAUAAGUCCUAAGCCAACACUUACCUAACGAAAGCGAGCAACUGAAAUUCAGCAGGACUGAAAAGAAUACCCAACAGAGACCAAAUCUAGCUUCAACAUAUAUUCAUGGUGUGUCUAGAAAUGUCUUUGAUGUUAAACCUCAUAUGGCACACUUAGCAUUUUUUAUAAUUCAUUUCCUAUGGAAACUAAUGAGCUUAAGGGUGAAAUUACCUCAUUGAAAGUCAAAAUGGCGAAGUGUGAAGAAAAGAAGGAUGACCUGAAAAGCAGAUUUAGUAGCAAUCUCUGCAUAUUAAGCAUUGCUAUGGGAAAUAGUAUAAUUAGUUUUCUUCAGAAGUUAUUCCUUGGAAUUGUGUAAGUGGUAUUUCAGCUCCCAAACAUCAUGCAGAAAGAAUGUUAGAUAAAAUAGGUAGAAAAAAUGCAAAAUCCCCACACAUUCUUUUUAAAACCAAAAGAUCCUUUUCCUAGCUUCCAGUAACACGGAGACUGUUGGUUUAUUUUUAGAGGGCAGACUGUACAAAAUAAGGCCCCCUUCCAGCAGAAUUUUGUAAGAGACCAUAAAAAAAAAAGAUUUUCAGAGCAUAAUUUAGAAUGGAGCAUUCUCAACCGCCUAACUCCUUGUACUUGAAUCUACUUACUUCCCUAAGCUCUUGCUGUAGGCUAAGCCAUCUGCACUACACAAUUCUACCAAAGAUUAGAAACUGAUAUAAAAUGGAUGCAUUUUUUUUGUAAAAUGAAUGAGCUAAUGCUUGACCUUCAAAACCAAGAUUCUAUUAAAUUCCAAGAAAACUGUACAGAGCUUAAACACAAAUUAUCCUACAAAGUUGCUGAUACUUGAGAUACUGAGGACUCUCAAAUUAAAACCAACUGUUGAGAUUAGUAUUUUGUCAGCUAUUGCAGUUGCAAAAGGCCAAGUUUUUUCUCACAAGCUUGAUACCCUUUUCUUUAUGGGGGAAGAGCUCUGAAGUGCUUAUGUUGUGCCAGCACUGAUCACUUGGCAGGGCAUUAAGUCCAAAAAUCAACAAUGUCCUCUUAAACUAAAUUAGUUACAGGUCAUUUGGUGAUAUAAUGGAGCAUAAAACACUUAAAACCACAAAUAUAAGUGCAGGACAAAUGAAAACCAUUAAAAGAUUUAAGGUCUGUCAGUUUGUCUUUAAGGCAUACAGAACAACAUAGCAUUUUCACUCUUUUAAUACUUAACCGUGAGUUUGAGCCUCUCUUAAACUUAGUCUGAAGAACAAAUGACACUUGGGUUAAGGACAGCAGUAUAGAUAGGCUACAACAAGUUAAAGACACCUAGCUUCAAGUGUGGGAACAACACCACCACAAAGAAUCCUAGAAUGCUAAGCUGCAACUGGAAGUUCAACUACUCUGGCCUCACUGUCUGUAGCAUCACGCAGAAAGGACUGAAAACAAGUCCUACUAUUUCUUCAGCAGGGGAAUAGUUCUAUUUAAAAAAGUCCCAUUAAUAGCAGCCAUUUGAAAUCUUAUCAUUUAAGUGCAUUAGAUCAUUGAAAAUCCCGAAGGUAUAAAGAUUAGCACAGUAUGACAUUCAUUUUCUCUAGUCUGCUGUUAACAUUGGUAGUGUUAUAACGCUGUUAUAAUGCUUGCCAUGUCAGUCUCUACAGUGUAGCAAGAAAUAUAAGUUGUAUCCGCUUUUUUUAAGUGAACUUUUUUUCCUUACUAGCAUCUUGAAGUCACCUUGUUUGCAAACAUUAUACUUUUUAAACUUGCAUUAUUUGCUACAAAUCCUGUAGAUCUACUAACGAUCCCUUGCGGUAUAAACUUUCAAGUGUCAGACUGAGUUUCGAUUGACAAAAAACCUCAUGUCAUUUUCAGUUACUACAAGUUCAAGGAUGAUACUUCAUUGUAAAAUCUCAACAUUCAAAUAAUUGAUAGCUUGACCAGUCAUGAGAAAAUGUCACACAUCCAUUUCUGUGGUGAAAGAAUAUGCCACAGGAGAAACAGAAACAGACGACUUCAGUGAAUAUCUUUUGUUGUUUUGUGUUUUUUUUUAAUUAAUAACUUCUUAAUUCAGGAAAAAAAAUAAAUCACAAAAGAGAGCUGGAAGAACUACACUCCACCUUCUUUAUAAAAGAACUUUCUCAAAGAGACUAUGUACCUUAUUCACCACUAUGUCAAACUCUAUCAUAAUUACCCUGGUUUUCACAACAUCUAUUCUACUACAUUUCAUGCUUAGCUUCCAAAUAUCUCUUAUAAAGGAGGUGGGGGUGUGCUUUAGACAGGUUAAAAAAUAUGCUGCACUUUUACAGUAUUUAAACAAUUACACCAAGCAUAGUUCAUACAUUUAUCACAUUAACUAUCACCUGGUAACCAUACAUUUAAAAAGGUCUAAUGUAUAGAGUAUGUAAUACCCAUGACAGAUACUCUUACUUACUUAAGAGCAUAUAAAGAUCAGGAUUUAUUCACCCUCCCCAUCUGCAAGUUAACUUCUCAUCUCUUCCUAGUACAAUAUAGAUGACAAAAAAAAAAAAUCCCUUCAUUCCAUUGCACUACUGCAAUCCUAUAUGCAUAGAAAGGCAGAUCAAUUACCUAUAACGGGGAAAAAGGGUUUUUUAAAAGGAAUUUGAAGAACCUCUACUGCACAGGUAGUUUAGAUGUUAAGUACAUAAGUUCCACUUUUUUUCCAGAUUUUUUUUUUGUCACAUAAUAUAUCCCUAUGCAAACAUAACUUCAGUAAGUGCAAGCGAGGUUGUACAUAGUACUGUAGAUACUACUUUUGACCAAAAA